ACACCUGAAAAACAUGAAAAAUCAAGCUUUAUUUCCUUGAAAUUCUGGUUACAAGCUGCUGCCCUUUCGUUCAAUCUCUCCAAUGUUCCUUCUAGGCUCGCCAAUUCUCUUCCCUUCUCCCUCGAUUUUUCUCCCAAUUUUCCCUCCAACUCUCCCCCCAAAAGCCGAAGGUGCCCCCCUUUUUAUACAGAAACAGAGAGAGUUCAAAACCGUUUCUAAUUCUAAGUUCUUAUCCCAAUCUCUAAAAUUACAGAUAAUAAUCUGGCCCUAUUAGAAUUUGAAAUUCUAAAACUAAUCUAGUUCUUUACACAUCUUCCCUCUUUUAAGGCUAGAUUCAUAUCUUUAAAAUAUCAGGACUCUCAAUUUGAAUCUACUUCAAAACUUUCUCUGCGACUCUUGAUAAGGGCUUCAAAUCCGAAAAUCUCUUCUUGUGUUGUUGUGAUCUAUCUAAACUUCAAGUGGAUUUGUAGAUAAAUCAAAAGAAUUUGGGAAU